GGGAGCUUCCAUUGUGGGACACUGGUCCUUUUUGGUGAAGGUUCGCUGGCGAGGACCCAGUGCUACUCGUAUCUGGCCUCGCUGUGCAAACCUUCAAGCCGCAUAUGCUAGAAGGUGAGAACUUCAAGGUUCUCUUGUGGCUCCGAGCCUUCCACAUUGCACAAUUCAGCUGAUCAGACCUCACGGCUAUACUCACUUCAUUCUAAAGCUGAUUUCGGUCACCAAGUUUUGUGCAGGUCUGAGAUUAUACUCAGAACUAAGCGACAAUCUGUUGCCGGUCAUUACGAUGGACAACUUAGAAGGGAAUGACAAUGAUUCUUGCAAGUGUUCAAUACUAGGCAAGAACACCAUCGGCUACAUGACGAUUGCUAUGAUUGCUUUGUUAAUCUUUGUGCCAGGAUACUAUUAUUUCUCAACGAAGUUUCAAAUCAAAGCUCUCGAAACUCGAAUUAGACUAUCUUUCAACCAGCACAUUCUACAUUCACAAGAAAUAGGAAAUUUCAGGGACAAAUUGAAUGAAGUGAAAAGUUAUACGCCUCGAGCUGUUCUCGUGCAAAACCCAUCAGGCAGGUACAUGAUAGCAAUCAAAAGAUAUAUUUCUACGACGGAUGCAGCUUCAAGCUCGGAAGGUCCACAGAGAGAUGCAGCUUCAAGCUCGGAAGGUCCACAGAGAGAUGCAGCUUCAAGCUCGGAAGGUCCACAGAUAGAUGUAGCUUCAAGCUCGGAAGGUCCACAGAGAGAUGCCAUUGACAGUUUGGAAUCUGAGCAGACGGAAGAGCCUCCAGUUCGUGAUGACAGCUAAACGUCAUCAUGACAUUUGAGGACGGAAGUACAAUCCUUGAUUAUCUACAGAUAUGUAGAGGCUGGAGUCCAAUCUACUGGCUCAUCACAAAAUUGCUGUUGUUUCAUGAUAUUGUGCAGCACGCUUCAUCAUAUUCAAUCUUAAAAAUUUUCCACAGAGUUCUCAACUUCCACGUUGAAUUUUGUUCAAGCAUAUCGUACUGGAACAUGGACUGGAAUUGGAUAGAUGAGUAGUCCCGCUAGUCCCGACCUCAUUGUGAACCCAUUUCCAAAGUUGGGUAACCCCGUUAGCGCGAGCUAGCCAUGAGCAUAGAUUCGCACUACUCAUAGUUAGCAGGCUGAGCAGCAAAUCCCCAGCUCAAUUGUACUUCUAUGAAUAUUAUCAUCACUAAAAUUGGGUAAAUAUGUU